AUGUCGGCUGGAGACGCGCGGGAGCGGCUACUGGCUGAGCCGACCAGUCAGAGUCAGGGUUGCUGCUCUUUCGUGCGGCGGUGGACCCAGUGGCGCGAUGGAGGCACCGACCGGGCCUGCUGGAAGCUUCUGUGCAGCGUCACACUAGUUGCCGAGAUGGUCUACUACCUACACGUCGUGCGGCGAAGGGUCUCGGACGAGCAGCAGUUUGCUGCUCUUUGCUUCGUGGCAGUGACAUUCAGUCUGAAAGCGCUGGUGGAGACCUGGGGUCAGGACACUCCGACUUGGAUUUGCCCCGGCACCGUCGUCGUGUUCUUUAUGAUAUACGCCCUCAUCAUUCCCGGUAUCAUCUACAGCGAUGGUAUUUGCACCCAGAAUCCAGACAUCCUGUUCGACUGCCGAAAUGUUCUUGGGCUCGCGCUGUACAUCUUCGGCUCCAGCUACUCCCUGUCCUACGAGGUCGGCCGCUUCGCCUGGAAGGCGCGGCCCGAGAACAGGGGCAAGCUGCACACGAUCGGACUCGCGAGCCUGUGCAUCCACCCGAAUUACUUCGGUGACCUCUUCAUCUACACGGGUUGGGGUCUCGUGACUGGGACUUCGUGCUCCUUGGGUGUCCCAGCCGCUAUGGUAGCCAGCUUCGUAUUCAUCGUGAUCCCGAACUCGGAUUCAUAUCUCGCGAGCCGCUACGAAUCUGAGUGGCCGGCGUAUGCUGAGAAGACAGCCAUUCUGCUACCCGGCGUUCGAUCAGCGGCUGCGAACAAGGUCCUCGGCAUCGCUUGCCUAUUGGUGUCUUUCUGGCUGAGCGCAGCAUGUGCCGGGCAGUGCGGCUGA